UAACGCAAAAUUACACUUGCCGGAUAUAAAACAGUGCUUUUGAAAUCCUCGUGCUUGUUGUAUCGAAUUUAGAAAGGUUUCGCCAUCGCAUCGUUAUUUUCAAGUCUUCAAAUUCACGUGUAUCAUGUCUCGAAAUGUUGCGUGUCUUAUUGUGGGAAUACUUUACACUGCAGGGAAUGUCCACAGUGCACUGUUCCAGUUCAACACAAGCCCCAUGACCCUGACGGAGUGCAAUGCUCGGCCUCAAAACCACUGCGGUCCGCUUUCCCUGGCAACCUCGGAUUGUAGGUUCAUCAAACCACCACCUUCUUCACAUCAUCGAAUUCGGCUACGGGAAGUGGAUGAAGUACAGACAUAUUACAGGGCACCGGAUAACUUGACCUAUGUCAGUCUGGAAUGUAAGGGUUCGCUGGACAAGAAGCUGCCAACCAAACAGGAACUAAAAGCCCAGGUCUCGGCCAUUCGAAAAAGAAGUAAAGACCGAGCAGUGCUCGUCUAUCUUUGGCAUAUCGACUUAUUUGCUCCCGACCUUCUCGAACCCAUCAGUUUGCAGAUUGUAUCUUUGACACUGGACAACCAAACACAAACUCCAGACAGCAAUCUGACAGCCCGACUUCCGCUACUGAACUUGACCAACCUGCUAGAUAUAACCUUCAACGAUAACGGCAUACUGAAUAUCAAGAAAAAUCACUUCAGUGGUCUGCAGAACAUCCGCGCGAUUGCAUUCAUUCCAGGACUGGUCGGUACUAUUGUAACCGGAACGUUCACCGAUCUGCCCAGCUUGAUUUUUCUAGGAUUGGACUAUUUUCCAUUCAGAAGUAUGCAGGAUGUCUUCGUACGGGUGUACAAGGGUAUAAAAUACGAAGCCUACCAGGAUAUGCAUUGCAACGUGGAAAAUUCUUGGUUGUGGGAGUGGUUGGCACGCCGCCCCAGUCUGCAGGAGAGCCAUCGUCCGGAUACAGUCUACAAAAUUGGCAGUUUAGGAAACCGGCAGCUUAAUACGGCAAAAACCUUUCAGCGCUUGGAUAAAAUUUGCUCUAACUUCAGCCAGCAUUCUUAAUUUGGAAAUCAGACGCUCUCAUUGUCGGCAAAAUUGCAGAUCAAAAUUAGCACCUUACGCGGCUAGUUUCACCAGUUAAAUUAAACUUGAAUUCGCGACGAUGCGGUUCUGGAUUGGUGGCGACUUCCGUGUUGCGGCUUUUUGAGUCGAAAGUGUACCGGCAUGGUUGGGGGUGCGCAACUGCAGCUGAGGGCCUUACCUGUGG